UACCACAUUGUAAAUUUUGACAAAUAAUUAAUCAUAGCUGUUAAUAAAAGGAAAAUAUAUUAUUAUUCGUCAUUAUUUUGGAGAUGUCUAAAGGAUCGUCGCGCAGUCUGUGGGGCGUUAUGCUGAAAAACUUUAUAAAUUCACUUAAACCAAGGCAAUUUAAGGGUGCACAUAUUGGAACCGAUAAUUUUGGUAACAAAUAUUAUGAAAUACCGGCCAACCCUUCAGUAGGAAAAAGUCGACAUACUCGGUAUUACGAACCACCAACAAAGGAUGAUUUUCAAGAGGAGAGAUCACCAGAAUGGGAUUCCUGGUUAAGAGGUCGUAGAAAACUUCCACCUACUGAAGAGGAGAUUUCCAGAAAUUUGGCCAUAAUUGAAAUGAAAAAGAAAAAUGCAAUAGAAGUAGAUGCUAAGGGUGGUAAGAUGAAACCCAUGCUCAAAGGUAUGGAGACUUUCCCUAAAAGGUCUGAAUUUGAGACUAUUCCCGGCAAAAAAGGGUAGGAAGUCAAUAAUUUCUAGGCUAAAUUUAUUUAUCUUGUAUAUACUUUGGAAGUAGUAAUGAAGCAUGUGGCUUACUAGUUUUUCUAAAUUAGUAUUUGCUGCAUUUUUGUGGAAUAAAUUUUCAAUUUUUUUCAAGGUUUUGUACCUUUGUUUUUAACAACUUAAUUC